AUGGACAUCAUGAAAAGACACUCCACCAAGAGCGGAACACACCGUCUGCCGAAAUUCCACGGCCUUCGCUCACCAAUCCCUAAGACAGAAAACACUCCCCCGCCACGCCAGACCCUCUCAGCAAGGUCAAAAUGGCGUGCUAAUAUGGAGCCUGACUCCAUUUUCGUGUUGGGCGAUUUGAAUGCAAGGAAAGAUGCCUCGAUAACCUCGCUGUUUGGCAGAACAACUGCUCGUCCUGGACGAAUAGAGAUAUUUAAGGACGUUUGCCGGAGCACUGGCGCCUUCAUCAAACCCCCAGUCGAGAGUGACACGCAACUCUACAUAUGGGGAAACAAAGAUCAGGUAGUUAAGGCCAAGAAAAUGAUCCAAAAUCUAGCGAUCGAGCACCGCGAAGAAUUGGCCAAAAAGGCCAGGAGGCCAUCCCCAAAACCGGGAACAUCGCGAGUUCGUCCUUACCGCGAACCAAAACCACCGCGUCAAUCUCCCGGUUUUGAGCGCAAACAUCCUUUAGAGUGGGGGAAGAUCUCGCCUUACAAGAACCAUGAAGAAAUGAAAUGCAAGCAAGAGAAAAUGGCAUUGGAAGCACUUCGAAAAGAGCCCAAAAGUGUGGAGUGUAAAAUGUGGAGCCCCAGUCAAAACAAAAAGAAUUUCUUGGAUCCUAAUCAGUUCAUGCAGCAAAAACUUAUCUUCGUGUGGCCUACCGAUGGGCCUUCACCUCAAGAAUGCCUGGGGAUGGAUCUCGAGAAGCUGGACAGUAUCCGUUUCGACCAUCAAGUCCAUGCUUACCUGGACCCCGAGAACCCGACACUCGUCGUUGUUGCCAACAACGAAGGCUUCAAUUCUAGAUCCGUUGUGGAUUUCCUUCGCGCAGCAUGGAAGGAGGGAAUGGGGAGAACUGACCUGCACAUCAAGAAGCUCAUGCUUGCACCACUCAGCCACGAAUUUUCCAGGUACGGCGUCACCAUCGAAAGACAUGGCUCGAUCACGAAACCGUUUUUGCACAGAGUUCGAAGUGAAGAUGCAAAUGCCCGCCGUUUGGCGUUUACCCAGGUGAUGGAUUCUAUUCGCAGUUCGAUCUUCGACGAGAUUCUGCAGAACAUGCAGACCUCUCUUUCCAUGAUCAACUACUUCAAUGGCAAUCUGCGGAUGCGAUUCCACUUCGGCACCUUUGUUCUAGACAGAUACCGACUGUUGAAAACCGGAGCAGAUGCGUUCUCCAUGGCUGAAAUUGCGGCCAUGAUUGGACAUGAGCAGUGUCGCGGACGUGUCGUGCCUGGACUGAAGAUCGGAACAGACGACUUGUUGAAUCGGCUUCGUCAAGCAAAUGACCUCCUUGAGCCCAUCGGUCAGGUACGGCCUCUGAAUGAGCUGGAGUUCAUGGAGCCUAUACACUCAGCCACUAUUGAGUUCACACGAGACAAUUCGGAUUUUCGACUGGAGCUUUACCUCAAGAGAAUCUCGCGUGCGGGCGAAGUUGAGAUUAAAGGUCACCGCUGGUUCAAGGCGCGCCGUGGCGAAGACAAGACUCUGAGAAUGCCGCUGCAGCUGGUCAUGGUGGACUUUGCUAGGGCUGACUGGCAAUGCAACAUCGAGUUAUUCGAAGUCGCCGAAGAGAGAGAACUCACCAAAUCCCAUCGUGAGCUCGCAUCCAGCAUCCGAUUCGCCAGUAGUGGCGACAGCCACCACUUCGUCUCCAAGGCUGCCAUGAACAUCAUAGUCUCCAAAGACACACCUGACGCAAACAUUGUCAAAAAGUCCGCGAUUCGGUUCAAGGUCAAGGGAACUAACCUUAUGCUCGAGCUCGCUCGAUUCGACGUCUACAGGGGAGCCACCUACUUCAACUCGUACUUGAGCGCCACAUUAUUCGACCCUAAUUGGGAUUCCCUGAUGGGAGGAGAGAUUGGGGUAGGCGGCGUGAAGUUCCAGUCACGAGGCGCCGGAUUGGAGGCUUUCUUCCCGUCAACUCGCAGCGGUAAUGCAGAGGAAGGCGCUGGUCUGGAGGAGGUCUUAGAAGUUGUACAGAGGAUUGCGGCGCUUAUGGGUAGCCCUGAGAUUGGGUUGAGUGGGCCGGCUAAGGAUGAUAGCAUGGCUGGAUUGAUGGACUUGGAGCUUGGAACACUGUUCUAG